AUGAACGACGCAGAUCUGUACGCCACAUCUAGCACCCUUCAGCAGCAGUUCGUGAACAAGGUGCUACGGAAGCUGUGGCCGGCCCUGGACUGGCGUUGCGAGCAAGGCACUGUGUUGGACGUUGGCUGCGGUGCUGGCGACGUCACCAGGAACGAGCUGCUGCCGCGACUGCCACCAGCAGUCAGCGUCCACGCUGUAGACAUCAGCCCCGCCAUGGUAGCCAAGGCUGCAGACAGGUUCUCCGGACCACGUCUGCGUUUCUCUCAGCUGGACAUUGGCACGCCGCGUAUUGAAGAAACCGACGUCUGGAGUCUCGGACCGUUCCCAAAGGUGUUCUCCUUCUUCUGCCUGCACUGGGUCCAGGAUCAGAGAGUUGCCAUUCAGAACAUCAGCAAACUUCUGUCCCCCGGGGGUGAAACUGUUCUGAUCAUCGUGACCGGCGGUCCCAUCUAUAUGAUGUUCGAAACACUGGCCAGGUCUUCUCGUUGGAGUGCCUACAUGACGGAUUACCGUCAGUUCGAGCCACCCUACCUACGCACGCAGAAUCCAAAGGCCGACCUGAGGAAAUACCUGCGUGAAGUUGGGUUAUCUGUAAAGACAUGCUGCAGUGAGGACGUCAGCUACUGUUCUGUGGAUGAACAAAAUGUUAUAAACACGAUAACUGCGAUAAACCCGUUCGUCGGCAGGAUCCCGCAGCAGCAGCGGGAGGCCUUCAUACAGGACUGCGUGGCAGAGGCCUACAGUAACGGCACGAUACGAGCUGACACUCUGCCGGGCGGCACCGUCUACUCCUUCCCGUACAGCGCCAUGUUCGCCCACGCAGUCAAGGCCUGA